AUGGCGGCCGCUAGUAAAGCCACGAGCUUCAACUCGUCAACCGCUCACCUCGGCUUGAACAAUCAUUUUCGGCUCAAAAUGUCUUACUACUUCACUAUACUAUCACCUACCGACACACCUUUAUUCAACAUCGCCUUCGGAACGUCGAAGGGGGGUGGUGAUGGCAUUGCCCGCUUCCGCUUCCCGGAGACAGCACAGUACAUGAACCAGUUCAUCAUCCACUCAAGUCUCGACAUACUGGAAGAAGCGCAAUGGACGAACGGCGGAAUGUAUCUGAAGCACAUUGACACCUACCCGCCCGCCGCAGCCUAUAUCACAGCCUUCCUCACCCCAAGCGGCGCGCGCUUCCUUCUCCUCCACCAACCCCCGCAUCUCCCCUCUUCAACCAGCACAGGCAGCGGCCUUGGAUCCUCGUCACUGCUAGGCUCGGCAGGAUCCACCACGCGAGCGUCCUCGAGCUCCAUCGCUGCAAACCCGACCUCCCCACAGACCGAAGAGGCCGUGCGCCAGUUCAUGAAUGAGGUAUACGAAAGCUAUGUCAAAACAGCGAUGAACCCAUUCUAUAGGCAGGGAAUGGAGAUUAAGAGUCCUGUGUUCAGGUCGCGGGUUACGGCUGCAGGGAAGAAGUGGUUAUAG